UGAUCUGUUCAGUUGAAAUGAGGACUUUGAUCCAGCUUUGCAUUAUUUUAUUAUCAGUUUUUCAAGUUUAUACAAUCACGGAACCUGUACUAAAUUUUGCUGAGGUUGAAAGUGUUGUGGAAGAAUAUGAAUAUGAAGUUUAUGACGAAGAUGCAAUGUUGGACCAAGGACAAAGAUUAGUUGGGGCCAAGUCUGUCAAUUCUGACGACUAUCCCUUUGCCGUGGCGUGGACUCCAAACUAUAAAGGCGAUGAUGGGGAUAUGCUAGAUAAUGUAGCAGUGUGCAGUGGAGUCCUUUUUCAUCCAAAAUGGGUGUUAACUGCAGCUCACUGCUACCUACCCUUCCAGGAUUUCUACGAUGGAGAGAAGGAAUGCGUCAAACAAACUUUAGAGAAAGGAGAAUUUAAGGGAAAGAUUUUACAGGGUGGUAAAAGUGGUAACUACACAGCAAAGUGCCGGCUGCUGGAGGAUAAGAAGGCCUAUGUAAUAGAACCGAUGGGGAAACCUACUGUAUGGAUAGGGUUUGCAGAUAUUUUCAAUCAUCUGACAAAUGCCGGCCAAAAGAUGAAAGCUAAAUCCUUGGUAAAGCAUCUAUAUACAACAAAAAAUGUGGAGAAGAAGGAAGGAUAUACCAUGAGAACGGGCAGCUAUGGUCUGUUCGGAGGAUAUGAUAUUAUGAUGAUCCAAUUAGAUGGUGAAGCAGCUCUAAAUCCAACAAAUAAGCUAUGUUUGGCUAGUCCUACCUACAAUGAUAUUACUAACGCUGGUAUACUGGUGGGUUAUGGGAAGUAUAAUAGAGAAGAAACAGACUGUUUAACAACUGAUCAAGGACCGCUCAAAUUCCACUAUUGUGAUAAGAAUGUUUGUAACAGCAGUAUUCCUGUUCCAAGAUCAGAACUUUGCAAAGAAUUUUUUAGUGCACCAUCAACCCCUCCAGAUAUAAUGGAUCGAAAUGAUGAAGUGAUUAUUCUACAAAAUCCUGAAACUUUUACAGAAAAUGUUACUUACUGCUUCGGCAAUAAGUCCAGGGAGAAUCAUGAAGAUAGCAGAGGUUAGAUCUUUAAACUAGAGUUUC